AUGAAAUAAGAAAAAUGUUAUGUAGUUCCUGGAUUACUUAAGGCAGGUAUCUAUUUACUAAAUAAUAACAGGAUUAUUAAAUGGAAACUAACCAAUUUAUAUAUUAAUCUUAAAUCAAAUAAAAGACAUGAAAGAAGUAUAUCUAUAGAUGAAUUAAUAUUUAUAAACAUUCAAUGCUUUUAGGUAUUUGAUUAAUUAGAAUUUAGUCCAUAUACUUGUGUUAUUUGUAACCAGCAAACAUUAUAAUUAGAAAUUAACCAAGUAAAAUAAAUGCUGAAUACAUUCUACAAGUAUGAUAUUUAGUUUAAUUGUAAGAAAUAUUCCAUUACAACAAUUCAAAAGAAUAGAUAAAUUAAUUGUUAUAAGCGACACAAUCCAAUUUUAACAAUUAGUUAAUGCUAUACCUAGUGGAUGGUCAACAGUUUUAAUAAAUAAAGUUCAUCUUAUUUUAAGGUAUUUAGAAAUAUUAUACAGACUCAAUUAAUUGGUUGAUCAUAAUAUUGAACUAACCUAAAAUCAGAUUGACUUUUUAUCUAGAAUCAAUAAUAAUUAUUAAGAAGAAACUCCCUUUUAUGGAAAAGAUAUCUCAGAAUACCCAAUUGCUAAUACAGGUGUACCAGAAUGUUUAGAAGCUAUUUUAUAAUAUUAUGAUAGACAUGAUGAUUAUCUCAAAAAAUAAGGUAAGAAUAUUAAGUAAUUAAACUUUUAGGUGUAUUUAGAAUAUCAGGAUCAGUUUAAUAAGAACAGAGAUUAAUAUAAUAGUUUUAAAUCAGAAAUUAUUCAAUUAUUGAUGAUUAUGAUCCUGAUGUUAUUUCUACAGUAUUUAAGAAUCUAUUAUGCUAAUUAAAGAAGCCAAUAUUUCCAUUUGAAAUGUAUGACAUUCUUAAAGAGACGUAAAGUAAUUAUUAUGAAAUUUAAUAGAAUUAGUUAAUAUAAGUAAGGAGAAAUUGUUAGAAAUGUUUUAAGUAUUUUUUGCUUAUAUGCCAGAAGUCAAUCGUAAAACUACUAAAAGAAUAGCUGGAUUGUUAUCUCAUGUAGCAGCUUAUGAAUCAGAGAAUCUGGUAAUUUGUAUUUUAAACUCAGAUGGGACUGAAUAAUUUAUCAAUUGUAUUUGCCCCUUGUUUCUUAAGACCAGAACAGAUAGAUUUAUCUGAUCUUGAAGGAGCCAAGGUUGUUGUUAAUCACUUUAAUUUAUUGGUGAAGAAUGUUGAAUAUUUCUUAUAGGAUUUUAAGGUGAAUAGAAAUUCUUCAUCUUAAAAAAAUAUUAUCAUUUGA